UAACACACAGGAGAACUUGCUCCAAGCGACACGUGGCACAUCUCCUUACAAAAUGAAUCUAUCAUAGUGGCUGUUUUCAGAGGCUUUCCCAAACACAGUGUGAUCUGGAACAAAUUGUGAAGCCCACGAGCCUGGUGAAGCUUUCAUUAUUGAGCACCUGCUGUAUACCUCCUUGAGCUGAGGAGAAGGAUCAAGAGCUCAUGGCCAAGAGGGGAGCAGGCCCACCCACAAACACUGUUGAUGUGUGGCCCUGAGCUGCAGCAGGGAUGUGGCAACGCAGAAAGGAACCAGGUGGCACAGAAUGUGGUCCUGUACACAGGCGACUCCAACCUGGGGCUGGAGCCGUUUGAGGCAGCUGGAGACAUCUUCAACGAGGCCUGGGAGCGGGAGAAAGCCAUGUCCUUCUACCGGGACCGGGCCCUGCCCCUGGCAGUGACUAUGGGCAACCGCAAGGUGGAGCCACAGCUGCAGCUAUGCAACAAGCUGAUGACACUGCUGGCCAUGCUGGAGGAGCCCCAGGAGGGCUUGGAGGUUGCCCACAUGGCCCUAGCACUCAGCAUCACUCUGGGGGACCAGCUGAAUGAGCACGUGGCCUACCACCGGCUGGCCGCCCUGCACCACCUGCUGGGCCAUGGCAAGCUGGUGGAGCACUUCUACCUCAAGGCCCUGUAGCUCUGCAACUCGCCGCUGGAGUUCAACGAGGAGACCCUCUACUACGUGAAGGUGUACCUGGUGCUCGGUGACAUCCUCUUCUAUGACCUGAAGUCUUAAAAUCCUUGCACGUUUGAUGACUGCUAAAUUCCUGCAUACAGAAAUUCGAGAAAAAGGUGGCGCUUAUGGUGGAGGCACAAAACUCAGCCGCAGUGGGGU